UUCGUGCAUUUGCUACUAAUGAGUUUCUUGAUAUCUGACUGGCCUCCGCCCACGGGCUCUGGAGAGCAUAAAUACCCAGGCUGAGGGUAGUGCAGAAGACUCUCCCUCCUUGAUCAGCGCCAACGUUUGUUUCCUCCUGGUCUGAGGCUUAAGCGAUGGAGCAACAUUUUCUUGGCUGUGUGAAGCGGCCUUGGGAUUCUGCGGAGGUGGCGCCAGAGCCCGGGUCUCCGCCUAUUGUGAGUUCAGAAGAUCGUGGGCCGUGGCCUCUCCCUUUGUAUCCCGUACUAGGAGAGUACUCAUUGGACAGCUGUGAUUUGGGACUGCUUUCCAGUCCUUGCUGGCGGCUACCCGGAGUCUUCUGGCAAAACGAACUCUUUCCUGGAGUCCAGAGCACCUUGGAACCAAGUACAGCGGAGUCCCCUGGGUUCAGUUGGCCGGGGACACAGAAGCAGCAAGAGGCACCCGUGGAAGAGGUGGGGCAGGGAGAGGAACCCGACAGACUCACGCUCCAGCAGCUUUCCUGGGGCAGUCCUCCCCAUUCCUGGAACAGACAGCAGGACACCGACGUCUCUGACAGCGGGUGCCUUUCGGAACGCCGCCAUCCUCCUGCCCUCCGUCGGUGGCGCCACCCCCCGGGUUUCUCAGACUGCCUGGAGCGGAUUCUUCGCGUCGGUUUUGCCGCGUUCUCUGUACUCUGGGCGUGCUGCCUACGAAUCUGUGGAGCUAAGCAGCCUUAGAUAUCAGCAGAAACCUCUUUGGAUUCUCCUCCCUGAAAAGAUUCUCAGUUA